AUUUACUAAAGUUACAACAGAACGCAUAUAUAUAUAUAUAUGUAUAUUUUUGAAGUUGUCUCUCCCAGCGUGUAUAAAUUAAGACACUCUGUAUAGGCUUUAAUUAUUCAGAGAGAGAAAGAGAUGGAGAGAAGCUUGAAGAAGAUGAAGAGUAACAAUACCAACUCAACAAGAAGCAAUCUGAUGAAAGAUAGUGAACUGUUUCAUGUGAUUCACAAAGUUCCAUGUGGGGAUACUCCCUAUGUCAAAGCCAAACAUGCUCAGUUGAUAGAGAAGAACCCGGAGAUGGCAAUAGUGUGGUUUUGGAAAGCCAUUAACACAGGAGACAGAGUAGACAGUGCUCUCAAGGACAUGGCUGUUGUAAUGAAACAACUUGACCGUUCUGAAGAAGCCAUCGAAGCCAUCAAAUCUUUUCGUCCUCGUUGUUCCAAGAACUCCCAAGAUUCCCUCGACAAUGUCCUCAUCGACUUAUACAAGAAAUGCGGGAGAAUGGAGGAGCAAGUUGAGUUGUUGAAGAGGAAACUAAGGCAGAUCUAUCAAGGAGAGACUUUCAACGGUAAACCCACAAAGACCGCUCGAUCCCACGGCAAAAAGUUUCAAGUGACCGUUCAACAAGAAAUCGCAAGACUACUGGGGAACUUGGGAUGGGCAUACAUGCAACAAGCCAAGUACUUGUCAGCAGAAGCGGUAUACAGAAAAGCACAGAUGGUGGAGCCAGACGCUAACAAAUCUUGCAACCUCGCGAUGUGUCUUAUCAAACAAGGCAGGUUUGAGGAAGGAAGAUCGGUUCUUGACGAUGUUCUCGAGUCUAGGGUUUUGGGUGCGGAUGAUUGUAAAACAAGGCAACGAGCUGAUGAGCUCCUGAGUGAGCUAGAGGCUUCCCUGCCACUUCGGCGAGAUGCUGAGAUGGAGAAUGUAUUGGGGAAUAUCUUAGACGAUGAUUUUGUUCUUGGGCUUGAACAGAUUACGACCACUAGUUUCAGAUCUAAGAGAUUGCCAAUCUUCGAACAGAUCUCUUCUUUUAGAAAUCAGCUAGUUUGCUAACAGUUUGAUUUUAUGUUUCCUAAAUGUAUCAUAUAUAUUUCGUGUUUCAUAGUUUAAUGUGUUAGAACAUAUAAUGUUUUCUUGCGUAAAUUCUGUAAAUACAACAAUAAUAGUGUCACCUUGAGGACUUCUAGUU